AUGACCAUGAGUCGAAACCAUUGUUUACUACAGCGUUACCGAAGUCCCAGAGAUAUGCAUGACAUGUCUUUGGUGAUUCCCGCUGGCCGAAUGGUGUUGGAGAACGGCAUUGUACACCCACUCCUUGGAAGAGGGAACCUCUGUAUGGUACGUGAACGAAUGAAAGAUAAAUUAUAUUUGGCUUGGUUUAACCAUGAUGGUAACGAAUGUGAAUCCUUCAGGGGAAAGCCAGGGACGAUAACAGUAAACUGGGUAGAAAAAUGUAAAACUGGUAGAGUAGUACUCUUUACUAUAAAAGAUUCUAAUAAACUUUUGUUCUAUUGGUUACAGUCAAAAUCCACGGAUGAUGAUGUUGCCCUUAUGAACGAAAUGAAACGUCUGAUAAGACGGACUAUUAUAAUUCUUCCUCCCUCCGAAAUACGAAGAGAAAUGCAAAGAAAUAAUCCGAAAAAUAUUCAGAUGCCGACGCUCCGUAGAAUACUAGCAGAAGUAACUGCGAAGGAGUCAACAGUGGAAGUUGACCUUGUUGAAAUCUUCACCUCUAGCAAACUUGCAGAAGAGCUAGAAGAAAACAGAGAAUUCUACAUGUCCAGAAUGAAGCGUAAUGUAACGGCUAGUGUAGUAGAGGCUGACGAUCUACUUGAUCCUCUAAAGUUUGUACAGGAUUCACGAGUGCACUGGACUGCUGUUAUGAUUGACAAUUUACUUCGUGAUGAGAGUUUAUAUGAAUUACUUUGUUGCCUUUUUCCACCUGACUUUCCGGCAACAAAGCCUGGCGUCACAAACUUUCUUAUGAAUCUCCACAGACUGGAUUCGAGAAGAAGAAAAUAG